AAAGCCCUCCUCCUCCUGCUUCUCGCGCGCGCGAGCUCGCGAGGCUGAGGGGGCUGAGCCUCGGCCCGCAGUGGGGCGGAGGGAAGCGCGGCCUACGUCACUAGCGCCACCGCCGGGCCUCGCUGCUGACUGGGCGCUCCAGGGGAACCAGCUCCACGCCCUCCCUGCCCCCGGCCCCCCGGCCCCGGGCGCGCGCCCUGGGAGAAUCCGGGCGGUGCUGGAGCUCCAGGCUGACCGGCGGCCCCGACCGUACGUGGCGGGGAGCGACGUGUCAAACUCCGUCAGGUGGAUGCUGUGACAGUUCACAUCUUUGGCUUCGAAUGAAAUACAUUGGAUAAAAAGGCAAGUGUAUGUGUCAGAAUCUCUCCAGUUCUACCAACGUACCUACAGACCAGACUGAAUGAGUUGAAAUGAAGUGUUCUCUGCACCAAUAAACUGGGGUCUGAAGGCUGCGUGAGACAAAGUGUGUGCGUGUGGUAUAUCUAUUACGUGGCAUCCUGAAAUUUGAAACAAAGGCAACCCAUACUAUUGAAAGAGCAGAGACUUUGUUUCUGAGACCUACGACACUCCUACAAGCUUAUGUCAAAAAGCCAGCUGUCAAAUAGCUUAUUGAAAAUAAGCUUUACAGAAAAUUAAAAGCAACGUGACAGUGUUUUACCCUGAAUGUCUCUUGAUUCAAACUCUCUUGAAAAGUAGAGGCCAAGUGCCACCUGUUACUAGAAGGAGGCCAUAUGACCUCCGACCAGACUGCUGCCAGGGAGGUUUGGCCACAUCUGUGAUUUCCAUCAGCAUCCACCUUCUUUGGCCCAUGAAGAGAUUGGAGCAGAACUUGGUUAAGGAGCGGAAGUUGCUUUCAGAAGACUGAGAUGAAAGAACUGCUGGGAUCAAAUGGUUAUAACAAUGAUUGAUUCUCUUCUGCACAAUGCUAAGAACUGACCCGUCCUUGACCUUCCAGAAUAUCAACCUGUCAGGACCGUGGAGAGAAGCCACAGCAAAUGAAACGGGGCAACACAAACAUGUGACAGACAUGUAGAGAAAGUAGAAUGUGGAUCACCGUGAAAGGCCGAGGGAAGAGUUCUCCAGUCUCUGGGAUUUGAGCCCCUGAUUUUGGCAAUUUUAUGUGGCUUUUAUACACCCAAGUUGAUGUGAAUCCUAUGAUAUGACGUGUGUUCACCAUUUGGGCUCAUCUCUAAUACUGGAGAUUCGAGGAGAACCAGAGGAAAUGAGGAGGCCCUGAGAGAACCUUCGCGAGAUGUGUCCAAGCAGACCCGGCACACAGUUGGCACUCAGGCCUAUCGGAACUAAGUGGUUCCAUCUGGAAGUUCUGCCCAAUGCGCUGGCACCAUAGCAAGCCGUCCAGUGUGAUCUGAGCCCUCUUAAGAGGGUCUGAAUUAUUCUUUACAGGCUCAGGAAGCUGUGAAUUCCUUAAUGUCACACACUGGCCUGAGAACAUCCUAUAUUCUUUAAGCAGCGUGAUGAGAACGCAGAACCUGCUCAGCCGACUAAAACAUUGGAAUUGUCCAAGACCUGGAGCUCCAACAUUCCUUGGCUUAACAGACAGAAGCACCUGGGAAAAUGUGGGCAAGGAAUCUUAUGGCAAGGGCCCUAUACGACAACGUCCCAGAGUGUGCUGAGGAGCUGGCCUUUCGCAAGGGAGACAUCCUGACUGUCAUAGAGCAGAACACAGGCGGACUGGAAGGAUGGUGGCUCUGCUCCUUACACGGUCGGCAAGGCAUUGUCCCGGGCAACCGGGUGAAGCUUCUGAUUGGCCCCGUGCAGGAGACCUCCUCCAGUCAGGACCCGCCUACUUCUGGCCUGAUGCACCAGCCCUUUGGCCAACAGAAGCUCUAUCAAAUGCCAACCCCCCAGGGCGCCCCUCGAGACACCAUCUACCAAGUGCCACCUUCCUACCAAAAUCAGGGAAUUUACCAAGUACCCACUGGCCAUGGUACCCAGGAACAAGAUGUGUAUCAAGUCCCACCAUCAGUGCAGAGAGGGAUUGCAGGGGCUAAUGGUCCCCACUUAAGUAAAAAGGUGAUCACGCCGAUGCGGACAGGCCAUGGCUAUGUGUACGAGUACCCAUCCAGAUACCAGAAGGACGUCUAUGACGUCCCUCCUUCCCAGACCGCUCACGGGGUGUACGACAUCCCACCGUCGUCUGUGAAAGGCCCCGUGUUCUCAGUUCCAGUGGGAGAGAUAAAACCUCAAGGGGUCUAUGACAUCCCUCCUACCAAAGGGGGAUACGCCCUCCCACCCGCUGCCUGCAGAGAUGAGGCCGGCCUUCGGGAGAAAGAGUACGACUUCCCCCCGCCGAUGAGACACGCCGGCCGGCCCGACGCCAGGCCCGAGGGCGUGUAUGACAUCCCCCCAGCUGGCACCAAGCCCCUGGGCAAGGACCUGCACACUAAGUAUAACGGCGACGCUGCAGGAGCAGCGGAGCUGGCGCCGCGGAGACACCCGGGCGUUUCCCUGAGCCACCCGGCCCCACAGCUGCGCCAGCCCGGGGGCUCCCGCAGCGACGCCUACGAUGUCCCCCGGGGGGUCCAGUUCCUGGCCCCGCCCGCCGAAACCAGCGAGAAGGCAAACCUCGAAGAGAGAGACGGGGUUUACGACGCGCCGCUGCACAGCCCGCCGGACGCCAAAGGCUCCCAGGACGUGGCGGACGGCAUCAACCGGCUGUCCUUCUCCAGCACCGGCAGCAGCCGGAGCACCAUGUCCACGUCCUCCACCACCUCGAAGGAGUCCUCGCUGUCCGCCUCCCCGCCCCAGGACAGAAGGCUCUUCCUGGACCCAGACACGGCCAUCGAGAGGCUGCAGCGGCUGCAGCAGGCCCUGGAGAUGGGCGUCUCGGGCCUGAUGGCGCUGGUCACCGCCGACUGGCGGGGCUACGGGUACAUGGAGCGCCACGUCAACGAGGUCCGCGCCGCCGUGGACAGGGUGGAGCUGGCCCUGAGGGACUACCUGCGCUUCGCCAAGGGGGCCACGGCCAACGCCUGCUGCCUGCCGGAGCUCCUGCUCCACAGCAAGAUGAAGCGGGAGCUGCAGCGGCUCGAGGACUCCCAUCAGAUCCUGGGCCAGAGCAGCCGUGACUUAAACGAGUGCAGCUGGUCCCUGAACGUCGUGGCCGUCAACAAGCCCCAGAACAAAUGGGAUGACCUGGACCGGUUCGUGAUGGUGGCAAAGACGGUGCCAGACGAUGCCAAGCAGCUCACCACGAGCAUCAUCACCAACGCGGAGGCCCUCUUCACGCCGGGCCCCGGCAGCUCGCACGGGAAGGGCGGGCCUGAGGGCACCACGAACUGCGCGGAGAGCCCACACGCCGGCUCCCAGGUACAGCCGCUGCCUCCCGGCGACCACAGGGCUCCAGCCCUCAGCAAGCCACUGCCCCCGAGCCUGGGCAGGGAGCAGCCCCCUGACUGUAGCAGCAGUGAUGGCUCUGAACGGAGCUGGAUGGAUGAUUACGACUACGUCCACCUCCAGGGGAAGGAGGAGUUUGAGAGACAGCAGAAGGAGCUCUUGGAAAAAGAAAAUAUCAUCAAACAGAACAAGAUGCAGCUGGAACAUCAUCAGCUGAGUCAGUUCCAGCUGUUGGAACAAGAAAUCACAAAGCCCGUGGAGAACGACAUCUCCAAGUGGAAGCCCUCCCAGAGCCUCCCAAGCACCAGCGGCGGCGUGGGCGCCCAGGACAGGCAGCUGCUGUGCUUCUACUACGACCAGUGUGAGACGCAUUACGUGUCCCUCCUCAACGCCAUCGACGCUCUCUUCAGCUGCCUCAGCGCGGCGCAGCCCCCGCGGAUCUUCGUGGCGCACAGCAAGUUCGUCGUCCUCAGCGCCCACAAACUGGUGUUCAUCGGAGACACGCUGACGAGGCAGGUGGCCGCCCAGGACGUUCGCAACAGAGUGAUGAACUCCAGCAACCAGCUCUGCGAGCAGCUCAAGACUAUAGUUUUGGCGACCAAGACGGCCGCGCUCCAUUACCCCAGCACCUCCGCCCUGCAGGAGAUGGUCCACCAGGUGACCGAGCUGUCCAGGCACGCGCAGCUCUUCAAGCGCUCUUUGCUGGAGAUGGCGACGUUCUGAGAAGAGCGGCAAAAGGCGGACCGACUUGGAUUACUGAGGAAAACUGGAACUACCCUCUGGUUUUUGUAAAUUUUAUCUAUUUUUGUAGAUAUUUUAUACGAAAAUGAGAUAUUUUAACAUUUGAUGGGCUAGACGACAUUCAGAAAUUCAGGGAACUCUAGGGGAACUUUUCUUUUCCUGCGUGGUUCUUGUGUACACACCUAAGCAUCUGAGACGUAAGCUGUACAGAAGCCUGUCCGCGCGUGUGUGUGUGACCGUGUUCAUGUUCGUUCGUAGACGUUUGUCUGAUACAUUCCAUUGAAAACCAUGAGUUAAGAAGCACCUUAGUAAGCACCUCCUAAUGCUGCAUUUUCUUUUUUAGAAAACAUACCAGCUGGUUGUAAUACGGCUCUGCAUGUACUAGCGAUUAUUCUGAGCCUGUCACUCCCGAGCCUGGGAAGCAUAGUAUAUUUGCAGGUGUGCACCUUCCAGCGAGGAGGCAUGCUGCGCCUUGCUU